AUGCAGAACUCUACAGCACCCAAAACCCAUCUUAAAUCCUCACAAACCCUAUCCAAUACCAAAAGCACGCUUUUCUAUUUACCCAAUCUGAUCGGAUAUUUAAGACUUUUCCUUCUUCUACUCUCUCUUUUCCUUAGCCCUCGCCUUUUCCUUCUCUUCUAUGCUACCUCUUAUCUAUUAGAUGCUCUCGAUGGCUAUUUAGCUCGAGCUUACCACCAAGAAUCCCAACUUGGCUACAUUUUGGAUAUGGCUCUAGAUCGGGCCUCUUCAACUGUUUUAUCUCUUCACAUAGCAGCUAAGAGACCAGCUCUUUUACCAUUCGUAUCCACCAUUGUUGUACUUGACUUAGUUUCUCACCUAUUCUGUGUAGCCGUCUCAUUACAAAGCAAGAAGUCACAUAAAGAUCAUACUUCCAGUCCCGACUCCUUCUCCACUCGCAUUCUUUCUCUCUACUACAACCGCACUACUCUUUUCCUUAUUUGUUUCGCCACUGAAGCCUUUAUGCUCAGUCUACUUUUCAGCCACUCUCUUCUUAUCACUCUUCUUCUCACUCCCCCAUUCCUCUUCAAGCAACUCACCAAUAUUCUCCAACUCCACCAAGCCUUACACUGGUGCAGCCUACACUAA